AUGGUGCCACCGGUCGCACUCAAGAUGGAGGGCCGACUGCUGUGGGGGACUCUCUUGCUCAGUCUCUGGCGGCUCGGGAGCCUCCAGCAGCGAAGCGUGGCGCUCCAAGAAGAACAAGUCGCGCUCCUUCGUGCGAUGCUCAAGUCGAUUGCGGACGCAGAGCUGCGCGACGUGAUGCAACACGUGCUUCCGCCGCACUAA